UGUGUGUGUGUGUGUGUGUGUGUGUGUGUGCAGUGAGCGUCAGUCUGGAGCUGCAGCAGCUGAGCGCCUUGUUUUACGCGAUCAUAAUUCAGUGUAACUGUUGCAGACGCGUGUUUCCUCUCAUCUGAUGCACAGGCUCUUCUCUCAAAGUCUCCAGCUUCAAUCCAGGGAAUACACGGAGGUCGCUGCCUGCGGUCAGAUUGCUGUGGAACUGCAUGACAUAUAUUCAGGAUUAAAAUGGUCAUCAAGGUUUACAUCGCGUCCUCGAGUGGCUCUGUGGCGGUAAAAAAGCAUCAGCAGGCCAUUGUUGGUUUCCUGGAGGCCAAUCGCAUCAGCUUCCAGGGAAUAGACAUCACAAUGCUGGAGGAGCAAAGACUCUGGAUGUACCGCAACAUUCCCCGGGACAAGCAGCCAGAGAAAGGCAACCCGCUCCCUCCUCAGAUCUUCAAUGAUGACUACUAUUGCGGGGACUAUGAAGACUUCUUCCAAGCGAAGGAGAACAACACUGUGGUUUCAUUCCUUGGCCUCAGUUCCAAACCCUCAGUGAAAGAUUCGGAGUCAUAGAUCAAACUGCAGGUGGUGCCACGUCCCAGUGACCUUCAAAGAUUAGGACACGAAGCGUGUCGCUCCCUGUGUUGCAUCACGUCCUCCAACAGUGAUCCUCCUGAUUAGAUGCCAGCUUUUUGCCAAACCUCACCACCCCCUUGAGGGCUUUUCCCUACUGACUUUAAAAAAACAGUUUAAGCAACAUUCCACCAUCAGUGAAGUCCCAGAGACGUGUCUGACUCCCAAGAGGCCACUUUAUCUUGGAAGAAGAGUCACCUUAUGAUGGAAGCAGCUUGUGUUUCCUACUCGUCUUUAACGCACUGUGAUAGUAAAAUGCAGUAGCAUGAAUUCGGUGCAGACUACACGACAAUGCAUCAGUGCUUCAAUUAUCAGGUGCAGUAGUGCAGCACAAGCCACCUGAAUACACACCUGUAUUGUGUGUGCAUGCCUUAGUAUGUGUGUGUGUGUUGUGGUCUGUAUCAGCAGCUGUUAAUGAAGGCUGUGUUAAGUGAGGGGGAGCUGAGAGGUAGCACUUCACGCAACCUGAAACAACCCGAGGUCGACCAAUUAUAUCUGUGUGUGUGUGUGUGUGUGUGUGUGUGUAUGAGGAUGCCUCCCCAGAGGUGACAGUGACACUGCAGCUUAACACAAAGCAGAAGAGACCAUCCUCUUAUUCUGAUUAUACAUCAUAUCGUUGCCAGCGUCUAUGUUGAGUGUGUAGUUACUGUCAUCAAAUAAACACACAACUUCUUUUUUUAUCAUUCCACUGCCACCUUGACUAAAGUAGGGUGGUCAGAGACAUCCCACAUAUGCAGAAGCCACAACACAACCACAAAAGCCACAACACAACUGCAAUAGCCACACAACAGAAACUCAACCAGUUGUGUUGUGGCUUUUGCAUUUUUGUUUUCUGUUGAUGCGCUUUUUUGAGAAAUCUUUGUCAACGUUUUGAAGCACAAGGUCAGCAUGUUUUUCCCUAUGUCUGCAAAAUGUAAAUCUUUAAAAACAGUUUUGAAACAUAGAGUUAAUUAAAAAUAGCUGAUCAUCAUUUUUUUUAGCAAACAUGGCUAAAACAGGGAAACAGCAAAACACACAGCAGUUCCCAGGUUUAUAAUAAUGAAGGAACAUGUCACUCAGAGCAACAGUGCGGCCCACUGACUGUGUUUCUGAAAACAGUGGCACAGAGAAAUAAUCCAUAUCAGGCUAUGACAAAGGCAGACAGCACUUGUUGUGGUAUUUGUUGAUAACAAUAAAAAAAAUUGGCAGCUUCAGACUCUAAUCAAAACAACAAUAGACCGAGAGUAAUAGAUUACUCCAAGUGUUGCCACAGAGGAUCUAAGAGAUUGUUGUCGCUUCGAGGUCAAUGAGUGACAAAGCUCCCAGCCUCUGCUGCCCUUUUCUGUGCCUCCACUUCUCACUCCAUAUAUUUCCAAUGUCUGAGUAAAUAGUUGCAAAAAUAUGAGCAAACAUCGUCCUCCUUCCUGCAGCCCUGUUGUUUGCAUGCUGUGUCUUUCUUUAAUGUCAACACGAAGCGUUAUCUCCACCCUCACAAACCAUUUCUCCUGAAUGUUGUGCCAUCUGAAAAAAAGAAGGAUACGCCCUCACCCUUUUAAUAGUUUCAAUUCAAAAAGGACAUCACAUUGUUGCCGUGGAUACUGACAGCAUUCCUAUUUUUACUAUUGUUAGAUCAUGACUUGAAUUUCUUGCAAAGUUUUUGUGAGAUAUUAACAUCUGUUACACCUCUGUCUGUGACUGUUGUGGUUAACUGUGGCAUUUUGUUUUAGUUUCAUGAGAGCAUCACACUCACUGACACCUCACUGUGUGGUUAUUUUGCACAACAAAGCCAAUUAAAGUACUUUUGAGUA